AUCGUUGACAAGAAGAGAGGAAUGGAGAACAAUUCAACCUUACCGAAGAAAUGGGGUUUUCGGGGGAACUCGGAGUUGAAGCCGGAGAGGGAGACCACCAUUCGAGGUGCUGUCACUUUGCUUCAGUCAAAUAUCAAUCAAUCUGACAACAGACCCGUCAUCUCUAUGUCCCAUAGCCAACCUUCUGUUUUUCCCUACUUCAAUACUACCCAGAUUGCUGCAGAUGCCGUUGGUUAUUGCCCUACUGUCGGUAUUCUCCCAGCAAGAAGGGCUGUAGCGGAGUACCUCUCUCAGGAACUUCCAUAUAAGUUAUCACCUGAUGAUGUAUUCUUGACAAUGGGAUGCAAACAAGCUGCUCAAAGCAUACUACAAGUUCUUGCUGGUUCCAAGUCAAAUAUUUUACUCCCAAAACCAACCUUUCCGUAUUACGAUCUUUUUGCUCGAUCAUCUAAUUUAGAAGUCCGUCACUUUGACCUUCUACCAGAGAAAGAUUGGGAAAUUGAUCUUGAUUCAGUCGUAGCUGUUGCAGAUGAAAAUACAGUGGCCAUGUUUAUCAUUAACCCUGGAAAUCCUUGUGGGAAUGUUUUCACAUACCAACAUCUAAAGAAGGUUGCUGAGACUGCCAGGAAGCUUGGGAUAUUGGUGCUUUCUGAUGAAGUUUAUGGUCAUCUUACUUUCGGGAAGAACCCUUUUGUUCCAAUGGGAGUCUUUGGAUCGAUCACCCCUGUCAUUACACUUGGUUCCAUAUCAAAGAUGUGGAUCGUGCCUGGUUGGCGGAUCGGUUGGCUUGUUACCCAUGAUCCUAAUGGCAUCCUUAAAGAACAUGGGAUUAUUGAAAGCAUUAAGGGAUAUAUUGAUAUGUCCUCCGAGCCACCAUCAUUUAUUCAGGGAGCCCUUCCUGAUAUACUUAGCAAAACCAAAGAGGAUUUCUUUUCAAAAAUUGUAAAUAUAAUCAAAGAAACUGCAAAUUCUUGUUAUGAGGCAAUUAAAGAUGUCCCUGGUCUAACUUGCCCAACCGAGCCUGAAGGAUCAAUGUGUCUUAUGGCGAAAUUAGAUCUAUCUGUCUUCGAGGGCAUCAAGGAUGAUUUCGACUUUUGUCUCAUGCUUGCUAAAGAAGAGUCGGUUAUAAUUCUUCCAGGCAUCUGCGUAGGAUAUGAAGGCUGGCUCCGAAUAACAUUUGCUAUUGAUCCUUCAUCUGUUCAAGAUGGCAUCAAGAGGCUUAAAGCUUUUUGUGAAAGGCACUUCAAGAAAGCAUAAUGUGUCUCGCUCAUUUAAUAAUCAUUUGUGACCUCCCAAGGCUCUAGAGGAGGAAGCUUCAUGUAUCUAACUUUUGGAUUGCGCACUAUUUCCCUGUACGUACGUGUACACGUGUUAGGUCAAUGUUCUUGAAUAAAGUUUUCUAGGGAAAACUUUUAUUUGCCCAUCUAAUGUUGUAUAAUCAUAUGUUUUGUACACAAUGUUGGCUUGGAUUUUAGUUGAAUCUUUAAAUCCUC